ACUGAGCCACACCGGCGAGGGCUCUGUUGUUUUGAUUUUAAGAAAUUGCUCCGACUGUGUUUGCUCGAAAAUAGUGGAAAGAACCCCUGACUGUCCCCACACCUCAGUGCCUGACUCCAGGUGGGGCGGGCGGAGACCUGGGGACGGGCGGGCAGCCCUCGCCAGCCCUGGGCUCCUCCUGUUUCCCUCUGCCGGUUGGAUGGGGGCAGCACCGCCUAUGCCAGGGCCUGGCAGCUGUGGGUUAGGGUUAGAGGCGAUGGAACCGGGAGGGAGCCCAGGGGACCGAUGGCAAGGGGCUCGUGCUGCUCCCACAGGGUCCGCCGUGCGGAGGAGAGGCCGCGACUCCCUGGGCAUCGCUGUCCCUCUGGUGCUCUGGCUGGGGGAGGAGACACGACUGUGUGUGAGGCUUGGGGACCAGCUGCAGGGGCACAGGGAGCUCACCGAGGUCCAUGCCCUUACUACCCGCGUGUUACACAUGGGGAAACAGGCACGGUGUCGCGCUGUGAAUAGCCCAGGAACCCAGUUGCUUUGCUGUCCAGCCCCGCCGGCCUGCCCCCAGGCCUCACUGUUUUCAGUUUGGAGGAAGCUUCUAGACCAGCUCAGCGGAGACCCUUGUGUGCCCACACAGACCCCGGAGACACCCAGAGUCCGAGCCACAGCCGCCGGGGCUCCACGGGUCGCACGGACCACCCGCCUGCAGAAUCUUGAUGCCAGCCGGGAGCAGAGACUGAGCUGGACCACUGGAGCCUGGGUGGGCGUAGGCCAGCGGACGGGGCCACUAAGGGGACUAGAAAAGCAGUUGUUUCUCGAGGAAUAA